AAACACUUUAUAUACUCUUUUCAGUGAUGGUCACUUUACACGUCACGGGCCCGUUUUGUCUCGUGCUCAUUUUGUGCCUACAAAUUGCAUGAUCUUUUCCAUAAGGUCGUGGUAAAUAUCACUGAUGGGAUCUCACUGAUCCGCGCGUACAGGAGGACCACGCCGCUGCCCAGGCCACGCCCCCGGGGGCGCUUGCGUCUACGGUGUCCAUGGAAACCGUCGCGAGCGUUCCCCGGGCCGCUCCGUACACAAGGCCUGUAUAGAGACAGCUGACUGUGGUCCGGUGCUGAUGACUGAGCCCUGGAGUGAAAAACCUCAAGCAUAAUGGAGGCCGAAGUUCGAGAGCAACAUGAAUGACAAGUACCACAGGGCAGCGCGGGACGGCUACCUGGACUUGCUAAAAGAGGCCACGCGGAAGGACCUGAACGCGCCGGACGAAGAUGGCAUGACACCGACACUCUGGGCCGCGUACCACGGCAACCUGGACGCGCUCAGACUCAUUGUGGCGAGAGGUGGGAAUCCUGACAAGUGUGACAUAUGGGGAAACACGCCGCUCCACCUGGCCGCUUCCAAUGGCCAUCUCAACUGCCUGUCCUUCCUAGUGUCCUUUGGUGCAAACACGUGGUGUCUAGACAAUGAUUACCACACACCUCUGGACAUGGCUGCCACUAAAAACCACAUGGACUGUGUACGAUACCUGGACUCCAUUGCUGCCAAGCAGACAGCUCUCAACCCCAAGCUGGUGGCCAAGUUGAAAGACAGAGCCUUCCGGGAUGCUGAGCGUCGCAUCAAAGACUGCGUCAAGAUGCAGCACAAGCACCACCGUCGCAUGGAGCGCAGGUUCCAGAAGGAAGCCACGGAUGCUUCUCUUUCGGAUGCAAUGAGCUUCUCCAGCUACACCAGCAGCACUUUUAGCCGCAAGCUGCACCCCUUAAACACUGCCACCAGCGUGCCAUACUCACAGGCUACCCUCCAUGCCACAGCCAGGGGUAAAACGAAGAUCCAGAAGAAGUUGGAAAAGAAGAAGCAGGGUGAUGGGACCUUCAAGAUCUAUGAGGAUGGGAGGAAGAGUGUGCGCUCUCUUUCCGGUCUACAGCUGGGUAAUGAUGUCAUGUUCCUAAAGCAGGGUACCUACAUACACCCAAAAGACCGGGGUCGGCGAAACGUCCGUGAUAUGUUCCCACGGGACAACGAAGAUGCCAUCUCGCGUGCCAUCAGCGAGCCAGACCUUCACGGGCCAGACAUGGACCACUCAGAGAUCAGCACCGACUCGGGCCAUGACUCACUUUUUAACCGCCCAGGCCUGGGUACCAUGGUCUUUCGGCGGAACUACGUGAGUGGGGGACUCUUUGGCAUAGGCUCUCGUGACGAGGGCAGCAUAGCCGGCAGUGGAAGGGAACCAAAUGUCCGUCUACGCAGCCGUCUUCAUCGAUCUUCUAGUGUAGAUGAGGAUAGUAUUGGCAGUGCUCGAAGCCUCCAGGCAAGGAACAUGGAGGAGCUUCCCUGGGAUGAAGUAGAAUUGGGAUUGGAUGAUGACGAUGAGCCAGAGAGCAGUACACUUGAGGUGUUCCUGGCUGCCCAGUUCAUGAACGAGUUCAUUCCUAUUUUUAAGCGAGAGAAAAUCGACCUGGAUGCCCUGCUGCUGUGCUCCGACAACGACCUCAAAAGCAUCCACAUUCCCCUGGGUCCCCGUAAAAAGAUCAUCGAUGCGUGUAAGAGACGCCUGGAUGCCAUUGAGGAUCCUGACAGCAUGGAAGACACAGAGUUAUAGCAUAAAGGACUUGUUACUCUACAAUUACGGCCAUACCAAUGCUACGUCUCGAUUCGGGAUUCAGACAGAAGUGUAACUCUUGUGUGGACUGUAAACGAUCAGUGGUGCAUGAAUAGGAAUCAUUUUUGAAUAUCAGACGGACAAUAGCACCCCCUUGACUGGCGCACACAAGGAAGUAUGCAUGCCAGGAAUAAGUGCUGAAUCAAGCUGAGCUUCCAUGAUUGCCAUACAUAAUGAAAAAUCCUGCUGACAAGCCUGAUGAAGUCAGAUCUUAUCAGCAUUAUUCAAAUGAUGUGUCUGCCCCUGUGGGGCACGAGUCUUGUGCUUCCAGUGCAUGCACAUAUCUCUGUAAAUUGUAAUUUUAGGCAUAAUGUACUGUAUUAUAAGAUAUUUUUAUGAUUAAGAAAAAAUAAGCUGACACGAGAGACACUGCUUAAGUGAUAUCAAACACAGAUUAUACAGUAAGUCGCCAAUAAACAUGGCAGCAAACACUGUUGUUCCAGGUCAGUGUGAGCAUGUACUAAGACCUCCAUUAGUUUACAUUUAUCAAGCCAUAUUUCUGUUACAGAUUUGAGGCAUGGGUAUUUUGGUAAUACAUAAAUAUUGCUUUUUGUUUUUUGCACUCAUGCCAUAUUAAUAGAGAGAUAUUACAGCAUACCAUUCAUCCUGAUAUAUGUAUAUAUAUAUAUAUAUAUAUAUAUAUAUAUAUAUAUAUAUAUAUAUAUAUAUAUAUAUAUAUAUGUGUGUAUUUCGUAUGCAGUACAUACAUAGCUUUCAUUGGAGUUUCUUGUACAUAGCUUUGGUCCAUGUGUUUUGUAUUAUUUCAUAAAAUGUUGCAAUAAAUCAUUCAAGUUAAUACUAGAAAGGUAUCACAUUUUUAUAAUUAUGGGCAUAAUUAAAGAUAAAACACCUGUAAUGUGGCUGUAUC